AUGGCUUCCCGCCCACCAAACUUCCUCCGCUACUUCCGUCUCCAAGCGGUUCGAAACACUAGACCGCAUGCGUCACGACGAGCCAUUUCCACACCCCCUUCUCCUUCACAGCCCCCAAAGGCAUCGCAGGUGAACCCAAGUGACUCCCGCUCUCGCUUACGCAAGUUCAAUGACCGCCUACCUCGCUUUCUCCGCACAUAUACUACACCCUUAUUCGGCGCACCGGUCACCCAUAUCACCUCAUUCUUAAUACUUCAUGAAAUCACGGCCAUCCUUCCGCUCUUUGGACUAGUUGGUGCAUUUCAUUAUGGUGCCUGGAUGCCGGACCUUGCCUCGGAGACAGGCGAGACCAAUGCCUUUGACGAGGGUGCUGCCCGCUUUGGCCGCUGGCUGAAGAAAAAAGGUUGGGUGGACGAGGCAGAUGUCAAUACCGUUGCGGAGCACGAAACCACUGGGGAGAAGAGAACGGAAAGAGCAGGAGUGCGAUUAGUGCUUGAAUUUGCUACGGCUUAUGCUAUUACCAAGGCUUUGUUGCCAGCUCGGUUGGCAGCGAGUGUUUGGGCCACACCGUGGUUUGCAAGGACAGUCUUCACACCGACGGCAAAUCUGGCCAAACGGCUCUUCAGAAGAGGCUGA